AUGGCUUCCUCGUUCAUAUCUUCUGGCCUUAUGUUGGCAAGUGCCAUAGCCCAUCUCUGUGUUACCACUACCCUGGCUAGCCCUGUGGUGAUCCGAUCUCCGGAAAAGCUUGAAUUCGACUAUGUGAUUGUCGGUAGCGGUCCCGGCGGUUCGGUCAUGGCCAAUCGGCUCACUGAACUCGUUGGGGUGUCAGUAGCCAUCAUCGAGGCAGGAACGUGGGCAGAUGAGAGUGUUGGCAAUCUCACGACAGUGCCCGCAUACGAUGGAGCUUUUCUUUUGAAGAGCUUGAAUCAAAAACCCUCUGCCGUUGACUGGGGAUUUGUCACAACUCCACAAUUGCUGACUGGACAGGGCGUCAACAAUCAGACCAUCCGCUAUCCAAGAGGUAAAGUUGUGCGUAUCUUUAAAUCCCUCGCUGGUAGUCUAGGUGGUAGUUCAAGACUCAAUGCCAUGGCAUGGGGUGAGUCUUGCCGUGGAGCCUUCCAAAAAUGGGCCGAUGAUGUGGACGACCAAUCGUUUACCUACGACAAGAUUGCGCAGUACUACAAGAAGCCUGUUCGUUUUGUUCCGCCUCGUCCCAACACUCGUUUCUCAAAUGCGACUCCUUCUUAUGACCCCACUCAGGUCCGCUCAAGCGGUCCGAUUGGUGUAACUUAUGCAGCCUACGCUUAUAGCUGGACCACCUGGCUUGCUACCAUGUUGGAUGCUGCAGGGUUGAAAUCCACCAAUAGUUUUAUGGAUGGAACCCUGAAUGGCUCUGCCUGGCACAUGUCGGCAGUCGACCAGACUACGGGUACUCGUUGUUCAGCGGACGUCGGCUAUCUGCGGCCCAUUCUCGAGAAGAGCACACUGUCAAUUUUUGACAAUACUCUGGCUGAACGUAUCAUUUUUAAUGACAAAAAGGUUGCCACAGGUGUACAGGUCAGCUCCAAGAACGGAACGUCUAUUAUCCGAGCCAACAAGGAGGUUAUUAUCGCCGGCGGCGUAUUUAUGUCCCCGCAGUUACUGCAGCUGAUCGACCUGGGCGUUGGUCAAAACAUGCACGAUCAAGUCUUUGCAGACAUUGUUUAUCGAGUCAACCUGCCAACCGGGUCUACUUUGGGCAUAACUGAGGCAGACAUCAACACAUACCAGAAAAAUGCCACUGGGCCUCUCAGCAACCCCGGAGGAGAGUUUGGUGGGUUUGAGAAGAUUCCAGCCGAUCUGCGCUUAGGUUUCUCUAAAGAUACGGCACAAAUUCUCCACUCCUUCCCUAAGGACUGGCCUGAGAUCCAAUACCUAUCACUUCCCCAGUUCCUUGGCGAUCUCGGCACGACGAUUCCCCCAAAAGAUGGUCAUAACUAUGCUAGUCUGAUGGGCACACUCAUGACCCCGACAUCCCGCGGUAAUGUCAGAAUCGCUUCUUCCAGCAUGCGCGAUGCACCACUUAUUGACCCCGCAUGGUUGACCACCAAGGCUGACCUGGAGGUCAUGGUUGCUAUUUUCAAGCGGAUGCGGCAAAUCUGGACGGGCACCGCAAUCCAGAAAAUUACUGUCGGCGAUGAGGCUUGGCCUGGGCCUUCCGUAAAGACAGACGAAGACAUUGUCGCGUUCCUCAAACAGACAGCGACGCCGAUGUCCCAUGCAACUUCGACGAACAAGAUGGGCAAGAAGAGCGACCCUCUUGCGGUUGUAGACAGCCAAUGUAAAGUGCUGGGAGUUAAGAAUUUGCGAGUCAUCGAUGGUUCCGCAGUCCCAUUCCUACCUCCAGGCGAGGCACCGCAAUCUGCGAUCUAUAUGCUAGCCGAGAAGAUAGCGGAUGUCAUGAAGAAAGAUCAUUAG